UCCCUAGCUAACGGCUAGCUUGUUGCUAGUGCCAAACAAACGGCUGGUUAGCAUCGAAGGCUAUGAGACAACCAACAACAACGCCGCAUUUUUCGACUUCUGCGCAAAAAUCGUCGAUUUAAAAGAAAUCCAAGAUGGAGACUAACGCACCGAAGCGACGAGAUAACAAGAAAUCUCUGCGCGUGAAGGUGAUAAGCCUCGGGAAUGCGGAGGUCGGGAAGAGCUGCAUUAUCAAGCGCUACUGUGAGAAGAGGUUCGUUCCCAAGUACUUAGCCACGAUAGGCAUCGACUACGGCGUCACCAAAGUGCAGGUACGCGACAGAGAAAUCAAAGUCAACAUCUUCGACAUGGCCGGUCAUCCCUUCUUCUACGAAGUAA